AUAAUAAAUUGUUUCAAUUGAUAAGUGCAGUAUCGAGUCCUGUUUUGGGCUCAUCGUUUUAACUCAUUAGUGCAUCUCUUCUCAUAGUGCUCCAAGCGAAAUGAAAACCUUCAUAUUCCUCUUAUUCGGAGUAUGCCUAGCUGAGAAAGUGAGCUAUGAACAAUUCAAAGUAGUACGCGCUUACCCCAAAACAGAAGAUGCUAUCGAAAGCCUCAGGGACUAUGUGGAAAGAACACCUCUUGUAGAUUUUUGGAAAUUUCCUUCUCGGCCCGGUUUGAAUGCUGAUGUUAUGGUUCCACCUCAACACAAAGAAGAAUUCGAGAGUUUUCUUGUUUCGAACAAGAUCAAAUCUGAAGUGUUCGUUAGUAAUGUUCAAGAACUCAUCAACAAAGAAAGCGUUGGAUUGGGUUUGAGGUCUACGUUUGGCUGGACUGAAUAUCAUACUCUUGAAGAAAUAGAAACAUGGCUGAAGAAUCUUGCAGACCAAUAUGAUGAAGUUGAAUUGAUAAAAGCUGGAUCAACAUAUGAAGGUAGAAAUAUAACAGGUGUUCACGUCUCAUAUUCCAAGAAUAACACGAAUAAGGCAGUUUUUUUUGAGACCAAUAUCCACGCAAGAGAAUGGAUAAGCUCAGCUGUAUCAACCUAUAUUCUAAACGAACUAUUGACUAGUCAAGAUUCAGAAAUCAGGAAAUUAGCUGAAAGUUAUGAUUGGUACUUUGUUCCUGUCGCUAAUCCAGAUGGUUUUGCUUACACACAUAAAACGAAUCGAAUGUGGAGAAAAACAAGGAAACCAUCCAGCUGGUUCUGCACCGGCGUGGAUCCCAACAGAAACUGGAAUAACCAUUGGGCAGAAUAUGGUGCAAGCAGAAAUCCAUGUAGCGAAAGCUAUGCAGGGCCAUAUGCAUUUUCAGAGAACUGUACAAGGACUCUGUCCCAGUAUAUCUCGACUAUUGGAGAUAAACUUGUAGCUUAUUUUGAUUUUCACUCUUAUUCACAACUUCUUAUGGUGCCAUAUGGCUACAGCUCUAAACCUCUUGAUAACUAUAAUUUGACUUAUGGUAUAGGAGUACAAGCUGCUAAAAGUCUAGCAAAACGAUAUGGCACCCAGUACACUGUAGGAAACAUAUACAAUACUGUUUAUCCAGCAUCUGGUGGUAGCGUUGACUGGGUAAAAGCAACUUUCAAAACACCUUUGGUCUAUGUGUAUGAAUUGAGAGACACAGGAAGGUAUGGAUUUGUACUUCCCCCAGAUCAAAUAAUACCAACAAGUCAAGAAACACUUGAUUCUAUUUUAACGAUAUUCAAGGAAUACGAAGCGAGGAAUUCAACACUAAAAGCAAAUUAAGAUAUGCCUUAAAAAUGCAAUAAAUAAGUCGUUUUCCACAGAAAAAAAUUGAAAGGACCCUACUAACUAAAUUAAAAUUUUAUAUUUUCGUGCUAUGUAUUUUCGAAAUCACGGAAGCUGAAAUCAUCACACAAUUUCAUUAUUCUUUGAGUAUGUUCUUCCUGUUUUUUAAAUUAUAUUAUUUCUACUGUAUAGAUAUUUUGGGCAUAAAUUGAUUUUGAUAUUA